UUUAUGGUGAACCCUGUCAGCUUCUGCCCUUUGAGUUCGCCCUUCAGAGCCUCAAAAGAUAACAGGAUGGAUCUACUUAUACUCGGAGGGUGGAAUGAUCCGCAGGUUUGCUCGUGAUGAUGUUUGUAGUGUAGAGAAAGAAAUCACGCUCGUUCAGCUCUCUAUGUCCAUUUCCAUGUCACAGCAUUAGUGCAUCGUUCAUUUUCGUCCGAAUCUGAAUUUGCAACAACCAGGCAUACGUAAUCACGAUAUCAAUCUAUCAUCAUGCAGGCGAAUCCAAUUACAGAAGAGCAAGAGUCGACGUUGCGUCGCUGGGUCGAUUCUUGUGGGAAGCGCCCUGGGAAAAGAGCAAAAGCCUUUUUGCAAGCUGAGACAGGACUUAGCAAAGACCAAAUCGAUCAGUGGUUCGAAAAUUUUGUUAAUGAAUAUGACCCCAGAAAGAAUGUUCAGGAGCUAACUCAUUUACCCGACGAUUCGAACUUGAACGCACCACUACAAGAUUUCCUACAAGACACCGAGAUGGACAUGGUUGACCGACAAGCUACAAAUGAAACGCGUCAGCGUGAACUUUCUUACAAUGACUUGAACUUCGACUCUUUUGGUCUAGACUUCUUGUCGCCUGGCGCUCCAGAGCUUCAGAGCUGGUCACCUAUCAACGAAUUUCAGAAUAAUAGUACACCAGACGCUCUCCAGUCCAUGCUGGAUGAGCCCGACAAGUCGUCUCUCUGGUCACCAGUCAUGGCUUCCCAAGGGUCCUUCUCACAAGGGUCCUUCGCGCGGUCGACGAUGUCAUCUAUUUCUGACCUGAGCCCUUUACUCUCUCCGCCAUCCAUACUCUUCAGCCUGUCUGAUAGGUCUUCUUACGAUUCAUCAAUACAAACCUGGAAUACGGCGUCAACACUCGUGUCUACCUAUGAUCCUACUCUCGAUGACCUCAAAGGUUGCGUCGACGACCUCAAAGACUGCGAAUAUGAGCUAGAAGAGGAGCCUCUCAUCAGUUCAGCAGCACUUGUUCGCUUCGUACCUCCGCCACCACCCAAAUCUUCCCGCCUUGCGUCUAUCAAAGAGGAUCAACAAUAUCAGACCCUCUCAAGUUUACACCUACACUCAGACAUACAGGAUCCCUCGACUUCCACUGUAACACCCAAGCGAUCGUCUUCAGAAGCAGCGCGCAGCGAAGCGAACUACAAGUGUACAGCCUGUGACAGCUGUUUCAUUCGAAAAGGGGACUGGAAACGACAUGAAGAAGGCCAUGAUCCUCCUACGCUCUGGACUUGCAUGCUUGGCGAAACACUGCAACACUCAAGGUCUCAAUGGAAAUGCGCAUUCUGUGAAGCAUUAACGAGGAAUCACGACGAAAUGAAGCAGCAUCUCAUGGAGGAUCACAGAGUUUUCAGAUGCGCCAACAAGAAACCUAUGUUCUCAAGAAAGGACAAGUUGAAGCAACACUUGCAGCAAGUACAUGCUCUUUCAGAGAGCGCUGUACUCUGGGAAUCAUGGCAUCAACCCGCAAGGAAAAAGUUCGCUUGGGGUUGUGGGUAUUGUGGGGCGUGCUUCUUUUCAUGGGAAGGUCGGAUGCUCCAUCUUGCAGACCACUAUGAGAAGCAGCCAAAUAACGUUCCACGAUGGUCGAGAUCACUUGUUGUCAGAGGCCUCCUGAAGCAAGCGAAGUCUGACUUCAACGUCAUUCAAGUUUGGAAGAGCCUCAUUGGUGAUGAAGCGAGUGGCACCGUUGAAUGGUCCAAAGAGUCAGCACUCUCUUUGAAGCAUAGAUUGGAGUACCACAGUGGGACACCAGAACAAUUGGCGAAGGAAGCAUUUCGACAUGCGCGCUUUAGCAAGACGCAGUCCAGAUCGUGGAUGCUCCAAGCCUCUGUGGCCGCGAAUCCCACUUCAUCGAUGGAUAUAGACGUCCUCGAGCCAGAGGUCCAACCUCCAUUUUCGAGAUCGGGACCCUCAAUCCGAGCAACGUCACAGUCUGUCACUAUGAAAGACGUUGAGAUAAUCGUACAAGACUCCAACUUCUUCUAACCUAUCUCACAACUUCGAUAGUUUUUCGUCCAUCACCAGUCUCCAUUUCGGACCAAAUCUUCUCAUGGCCCAUACUACGGAAGUGGCACUGAUCAAGCAAAUAAUCCCC